UGUUUCGGUUUGCAAAAUGUAAAGUUCACGAAAGAAAAUCAUUAAAACGUCGUAAUGUCGGAAAAAUUAAAGGAUUAUCAAGUUCUCGACGUGUUUUGCGGCGGCACGCUGUACAAAGUGCGGCACAAGGUCACGAACAGCAUUUUCGCGUGGAAGGCGUACGAUUGCUCCGCGUUCUCCGAUGAACAAAUACAAAACGUCGACAAUGAAGUGAAAACAUUGAGCGAGGCGUUAUCUGGCAACUUCCUGCGGUACUACGACACGAUACUGCACGGCCCGACCAAAACGCUUUACUUUGUUCUCGAAUACAUUUCUUGGCAGAGCGUACAGGAAUUAAUCGCACUAUGCAAGGCCACCGACAAGCAUUUCACAGAGGAAUUUAUAUGGUACGCGUUGCUGGAGCUCGCGCGCGCCUUUAAGGCCGCAGAAGAGUUUAACUUCGUCACCCUGAAGAAAUGCGUCGCUCCGCAGGCGAUCUUCGUGGGGCCGAGCGGCGAACUGCGCGUCAACUGCUUCGAGCUCUCCGCGGAGGCGGAGGACGCGGCCGGGCCGAUGCAGCAAGUCGGGGAGCUGAUCCGCACCCUCUGCUACCUGCCCGGCGCGACUGACGACAAGAUCCGGGAGUUCCAGUACAGCGACGACCUCCACGACGUGAUAGACUUCCUCACCGAUGCCAAGAGCGACUAUUUGCGGGCCGACGUCGUGAUCUACCACCCCACAGUGCUGGCCAACACAGGCGCCCUGUCCAAGUCUUGUCGCUUCUCCAAUGUACUCGCCUCCAGGGAAACUACGAUUUUAACUUCUGAAGCUAACAAGUGUGAUUCAGAGAAAGCUGUCGAGCGGCGGAGGACCAUAGAGCCCCCACCGAGGUCUCGCGCUCCCCUGGACAGUCCCAUCUACUGCAACAUCUCCCCUAAACAGAAAAUCAACAAUUACAUAGAGGAGAGUGACUCUCCGUGGCAGCCUGUGUCUCCCACAGUGGCAGCUUUAGCCCUGGAGCUGCCUGGCUAUGUGCCUCGCAGCAGAAGACCUUACAGCGAGGCACUAGAGAGAUACAAUGGGCCACAGAAGGUGUCCGAGGAGACUCUCAGCCAUCAGUGGAUGUCUCGCCUCAUAGCUCUCAGAGAAAGGGAGGAAUCUCUAAACAGAAGGGAAAGAAACUUGAUCGCUAAAGAGAUAAUGAACAGUCCAAGUGUAGAUAUAGUAUCUCUAGAAGAUUCUUCUGUAGAGGACGGCAGCUUGAAAACCAAUGGGAUCACUCUUCCUGAAGUGCUCGGGCAAGCGGGUGAGCAGAUACACCCCUGGGUGUCGCGGCGGCGCCACAGACGGACCAGCUCCGUGCGCAUGAGGGCACGGAGGAAGAGCUACGCCUACGAGGACCUGGACAGCUCCCUGUCAGCAGACAACGGGGACGGCAGCUUGAUUAUAACUGCUGCCAAAAUUACCACUGAGAACAUGCCACGCAGAAACAUCUUUCCUCAAGUGGCUGCUAAGAAAGUGCAUUUUACUUCCAACAACCCAUUUGUGGAGAGUGAUGACAGUGUGACAUUAACUUUUUAUGAGUUGGAGAAAGUUCACAGUGACAGCAAAGUGACCAACAGUGAGGACAAGCCAGUGAGAGACAUCAGCAAGUUCAAAUACUUGAACUUGGAGAAGCCAACCUCGGAGAAGAGAUCUGCUCUGCAGUGCAGUCAGUCCUCACCUUCUAAACAAGCCAAAAUAACAGGUAAAGUGUUCACUGAUAUCACAAAUAAGAACUCGAGGCAGACUCCUUCCAAAGCCAAGUCUUCCAACAGCUUGAGAAAAUCUAUGAUAUGCACACGGAGCCAAUGGAGUGAUGAUCCUCAAGUCAGCAAGAGUCACUGUGCUGCACCAGCCAGUGCCAUUGGUAAUUCCCUUCACCACCAAACUCCUAAAGCUCCACCAGAAGUUAAAAAAUCUAAAAGAAUGUCUCUCUUGCCCUUUAAAACUCCAUUCAAGUUCAAAACUUCUACAAAAGUUUAAUUACUGUUGCUAUAUAACUAUUAUUGUAUUUACUUGUAUACAAUGAAUGUGGUUCUUAUGAAGAUUUAAUUGUAGUUUAUUUUUUAAUAAUAUUAAUGAAAAUUGUGUCAUAUUUCAAAUAAGUUUUAAAUGGUUGUGGAUUUUUGUGCUUCAUUAUUUUUAUUCUAGAGACUAGUUAUAAUGUUUUGCAGUUCCGGCAUAUUGUGGAACAAACAAAUUAUUAUAUUAUGAUUUUAAGUUUAUUUUCUGUACAUAAGACAAGAAAUACGGACAAAACCCACCCAAACUGUAGUGAUUAGUAAAUAUUGAAUAUUGUUUCAGCAAUAUUAUAUUUGUAUAUUAUAUGACUUACAAAAUCAAAAUGUUUGAGAUUGAUAUAUGUGCUAUAGUAGAUAUUGUAUUUUAUUAUUGUUUAGGUGAAAAAAGAAAUGUCUUUCAUAUGAAUUAACAAUUUAGUCGUUAGUCUUCCAAGCUUCUUUUAUUAUUUUUACAAACUUAAAUAUAAAUUGAUGUCAAAAUCAAAUACUUGAUUAUAUAGAUAUAAGUUUAAAUAAUUAAGAAUUCUUUAUUAUAUUUUUAAUAUCAACCUAUGUUUAAUGUAAAUUUGAAGAAUGUAUCUUUAUAAAUUUAUAUUAUAAAAAAAAAUUAUAAAAUGUCAAGGGUUUUAAUAAAAACAAUAGUAAAUGGUUAAGGUAAA